AUGGCCGGACCGCCGCCGCCUCUCCCGCCGUACGUCGUCGUCUUCGGCCCCGACGCAAACUGCACCCUCGAAAUCUGCGACAUCCACUACAGCCUGUACAGGUACCGCCCGAAUAUCGCCGUCAACGCCCUCUUCCUCGCCCUCUACGGCCUCGCAGGCCUCAUCCACAUCUUCCUCGGCAUCCGCUGGCGCUCCUACUGGUUCAUGACCUUCAUGGUCCUCGGCUGCCUCAGCGAGAUCGUCGGCUACAUCGGCCGCAUCAUGCUCUACCACAACCCCUUCGCCUUCGUCCCCUUCAUGCUGCAAAUCGUCUUCAUCACCAGCGGUCCCGUCUGGUACACCGCCGCCAUCUACGUGACCCUCUCCAAAGCCAUCACCCACCUCGGGCCCGAACUCGCACGCCUGCCCCCCAAGGCGCUCUACUGGGUCUUCAUCGCGCUGGACGUGUCGUGCCUGGUGAUCCAGGCCGCCGGCGGCGCCAUCAGCACCGACUCCAAGGGCGACUCGGACCUGGGCGUCAAUCUGGCCAUGGGCGGCCUCGUCAUCCAGGUCGUCGUGAUCGUCGUCUUCUGCGCCGUCUUCGCCGACUACAUGAUCCGUUACACGCGGUCGAGCUACAAGCGCAAGCUCACGCAGCGCGAGAAGAUCUUCUUCGGGUUCCUGGCCCUGGCUGUCGCGCUCAUCCUCGCGCGGUGCUCGUACCGUGUCGAUGAGCUGAGUGAGGGAUACUCGAACUCGACCAAGGUUACGGACGAGGGGCUGUUUAUCGGCUUGGAGGGAGUGUUGAUUGUGCUUGCCGUGUUCUCACUGUGUCUUGGACACCCCGGGCUCGCUUUUGAGAACAAGGCUGAGAGGGCUGAGGAGAGAAAGGAGUCGCAGGCGAGCGUGGAGAGCGCCAUGAGCGAGACGACGGACAAGGGCAGGUCGAGACACGUUUCUUAG